AUGGAUGACGACUACUUCUUCUGUGAUGAGUGUAGGACUUUCUUCCUCGAAGAGUGCGAGGUCCACGGUCCUAUCGUCUUCGUGGCUGAUCGCCCCGUUGCUGUCAGAGAGAAAGACAGAGCCAAGAAGACGCUGCCCGCUGGGUUUGAGAUCAGAGAUUCUGGGAUCCCUGGGGCCGGUCUAGGGGUGUUUUACUGUGGAGACGGUGGCCUUCCCAUUGGAACACACUUUGGACCCUACGAAGGACACAGGACAGAUGAAGAGGGAGCCCUGGAGAGUGGAUACUCCUGGGAGAUCUACAAAAGCAGACACAAUGAUUACAUUGAUGCAAAGAGAGAGACACUUUCUAACUGGAUGAGGUACGUCAAUUGUGCUCGUAAUGAAGAGGAACAGAACCUAAUAGCAUUUCAGCACAAAGGAGGGAUUCUGUAUCGCUCCUGUGGCCUCGUGACUUCAGGAGCAGAGCUCUUGGUCUGGUAUGGGGACGAAUACGCCAGACAUCUGGGAAUCGGAUUUGAUCGACUGUGGAACAACAAGAGCUCUACUAAAGGAGGGAGAUCCCAGCUGACACCAGCACAGGCUUUCCCCUGUCCCGAGUGUCCGUACUCCUACACGUCUCAGAUCUUCCACCACAAACACAUGAAGAGGAGCCACGGCGACCUGUACGGCCGACUGCUGAGGAGUGGAGAAAUCAAGGUGGAGCCUAGUCUCCUCCCAUACGUCGCAGCCUCCUAUCAAGAACCAAUCGGAGCCUCCCCGGGAACCGUCCAAAGCACGAGCCAGAUUCCAGCAGAAGGAGCCGGACGCCACAGAUGUGAGAAGUGCAGUAAAACCUUUAGUCGCUCUGAUAGUCUGAAGAGACACCAGCGCAUCCACACGGGAGAGAAACCAUACCACUGUAAACAGUGUGGGGAAACAUUUAGUCUAUCUGGUGAACUGAAGAGACACCAGCGCAUCCACACAGGAGAGAAACCAUACCAAUGUAAACAGUGUGGGAAAACAUUUAGACAGUCUGGUCAUCUGACUGUACACCAGCGCAUCCACACAGGAGAGAAACCAUACCAAUGUAAACAGUGUGGGAAAACAUUUAGUCAGUCUGGUGAUCUGAAGAAACACCAGCGCAUCUACACGGGAGAGAAACCAUACCACUGUCAACAGUGUGGGAAAACAUUUAGUCAGUCUGGUCAUCUGACUGUACACCAGCGCAUCCACACAGGAGAGAAACCAUACCACUGUCAGAAGUGUGGGGAAACAUUUAGUCUAUCUGGUGAUCUGAAGAAACACCAGCGCAUCCACACAGGAGAGAAACCAUACCACUGUAAACAGUGUGGGAAAACGUUUAGUAGAUCUGAUACUCUGAAGGAACACCAACGCAUCCACACAGGAGAGAAACCAUACCACUGUAAACAGUGUGGGAAAACAUUUAGUCAAUCUGGUCGUCUCAAGCGUCACACACAACUUCACAGAGGAGUCUCCACCCAAACAACCAUGUGAAGAAACUAAAUGGUUCCCAGACAUCUGUUAUUCAGAUCUAAUCGAACAUGGUCCUUGCUGUUAUAUGUUAAAAGGGCACAUGAACGGUUAAUUGUUUAUCUUAUCAACUUUAUGUAUUUAUUUAUAUUCAUGUCUGUAUGAGUGAAGGUUUUUACCCGAAAAAUAGUUUGAGAGAGAUAAUGUUAACUGAAUUAUUCUCUGACGUCAUUGUUAUAUUUAUUACAUUUGUAUGUAUUUAUUUAUUUAUCCUGUAGAAAUUCAAAUAAAAUCAGAUAUGCAGUGUUGAGAUGUCUGGUUUUGUCUGGAUAGAAUAGAUGCAGUCCAACAUGUUGGUGAAUUAUAUUUGAUAUGCUGUUAUGUAUAACGUAGAAUUCAAAGGAUGAGCUGAGGUCCCGUUACUGACCACCAGAGGGAACCACAGCUCCACGAAGAUGUUCCCCUUCCCCGGAUUCAGUGACAUUUUGAAUUAAUUAUUGAUAAUUAUGUUUCAAUCUUCCAAUAAUAAUUACUA